CCCAGUUCGCGUUCCGUACCCCGGCCCACUGCAGCAUCGUGACCGUCUACAACUAUGGGCAGGGGCUGGUGGGCGGGGGAGGGACAUGCCGGACCCGGACGCUAUGCACGCCCUUGGGCGCGAGUCUGCGCAGCUCUUCAAGCAUCAACCGCUACCGAGGGGUUACACCAGCAUCCUCGCAUUCGACCCAGACUCGAAAUCUUAUUAGUGGCGUGCGCAGGGCGGGUCUGGUUCCUCCAUGGAAGUUGAUAAAGUGGACAGCCGGCCCACUUCCGGUCGGUGUCGGCCCUUUACCGCCGGGCCUGACAGAUCGUCCAUCUCUGCAAAGUACCCUUUUGCUGGACCCGGACUGCGUGCAUGACGCCACCAGCCACCAUGCGCCGCGAUCCCGGAGAGAGAGCCCACAGAAACCGGACGCACAUAGCGGGACCGCGGCACGGGGCGCUGUUGAUCAGAGAUUGACGCGGCAACGCCGGAUGAUCAAGCUUGCCCGGACGCGAAUGUAAUGCGCAGUGACAACAUCGACCGGAUCGCCCCCAGUCUGCACAUGCGCAGUGACAACAUCGACCGGAUCGCCCCAAGUCUGCACAUGCGCAGUGACAACAUCGACCGGAUCGCAACAAGUCUACACACGCGCAGUGACACAGCGACCGGAUCGCACCAAGUCUGCACACGCGCAGUGACAACAUCGACCGGAUCGCCCAAAGUCUGCACAUGUGCAGUGACAACAUUGACCGGAUCGCCCCUAGUCUGCACAUGCGCAGUGACACAAACACCACCCAGUCGGCCGAACGCCGCAGUUUUCAGUUUCCGGAACAACGAAAACGUGUCCCACUCGGAGGUGCAGUACCUAAUACAGACUCAACUCGACGUUCAUGUCCGAAGUAUCCAGUUCGAUCCCCUCGAUAUCCGGUCGGCGCGACCCGGGGUCAACUCCCGCUGGGUCGUCGAAUUUUGUACUACAGCGGAUAUGGCAAAAGCUAUACAGUCGGGGCUUCAAGUGGGCACGGACCGGCUGGUGUUCUACCCGCAUGACGUCACUACACGCGAAACCGCGGCCAAUAGAAACUACAUGGAGGUUGUUAACGCUCAUGCAGUGAUAGCGGCGUCUGCUGAUAACGCAGUUCGCGGGAAACUUAAAAACGCAGUUUCCAGCGGUCGACGUCACUCACGACCUUAAAGAUACUAUGAAGAUAUGAGCUAAUUGGAAUUGACUUUGAAACCAUGUCAUCAUGCUAAUUUGUGUCGUUUGGUAUAUGUACCUUAGCACUUACCAAUAAUGACUCGAUUUUUUGAGUCAGCUUAAGAUUCAAGAGGGAUAAUUUCAUUACCACUAUUUUAAUUCAACCAUCCACAUACAUUAAGGCACAUAUACGCUUCCUUUUUUUUUAGUUUCAGUUUUUGUUUGUUUUGAAUACUGUGAAUAUAAUACAUGUAUUGAUAAUAAUAACUUAUUGAUUCAUUUCCAACUUAAAACACAAAAUUAUAUCAUGUAUACAUGAAACAGAUUUAGAACAAAUAUAAAUAACUUUCAUUUCCAGAUAUUUUAGUUUAAGGCCCUUUCUUAUCAAAUAAGGUCAGACAAAUUGUGUGGUCGGACGUAGCAACUGACAGACAGACACGAUGAUGGACAGAGGGCUAGC